AUGGUGGGAAUGAAAAACACAUUACGAGCUUUGUGCCUUCUUUUCAAUUUAGCUUCAGCCUUGACUGUUCCCCAAGAGAUCCUGGAAAACGAAAAUGGCAUUUCCCAACUCGCGGAAAACGACCUGAGAAUCAACACCACCGAGAUUGAAACAUUCAAUUUUGCAGCAACCGACAUUAGAUCAUGCGAGAACUGGGACCCAAACGAAUGGGACUAUGAUGUUGCGAUUGUUGGUGGUGGCCCUGCAGGUUUGGCUGCAUCCAUGUCCUUGGGUCGAGUCGCCCGAACCUCCUUAAUGUACGAUUCAGAGGAGUACCGAAACGCAAAGACUCGAUAUAUGCAUGAUGUGCUUGGACAAGACGGCCAAGUUCCAUUGAAAUUCCGUGUUGCGGUCCGGGGGCAAAUUGAUGAGCAUUAUAGUGAAUAUUCGUUUCGUGCAACUCGCGGAAGUAAAGUCACUGCAAUCCAGCCUCUGUCCAAAGGCUUCCGUGUUUAUGAUAGCAAAGGAGGCAAGAUCACCGCGCGAAAGAUUAUCUUGGCUACUGGAGUCACCGAUGUGCUCCCAAACAAACCCGGAUUUGCCGAUGCGUUUGGGCGAGGCUUAUUUUGGUGUCCCUGGUGUGAUGGAUUUGAUUACAGAGGACGCGAUAUGGUGGUCAUUGGGAAGUCUGGAAAGUUGGCUAGCGCUAUCGGCUCAGCAUUGAAUCUGCGAAAGUUGACGACGAAGAUCCAAAUCGUUGCUGGUGGAAGAAUCACUGAUGCGGAUAAAGCGGCUGCAGAGGAGAGAUGGCCUGGUUGGGAGAAGGUCAUCAAGACAACUUACGGGAUCAAGAUCCACGAAGUGGAUGUCACGAAGAUCGAGAGAACUGCCAAGGGCACUGAGCCUGGUGAUGAUGAAUAUAGACUCACCUUGAACGGUGCUCCGUCUUCCAUAAUCACACAUGGUAUUCUUAUCAGUGCGGACACCGACCAGACGUCUGAUUUAUACAAGCAGCUGCAUUUACAAAUGGAUGGCAAAUCCAUCAAGGUACAGUCUAACAUGGAGACCAGUGUGAAUGGAAUAUAUGCUGUUGGGGACGCCAAUAAUGAUGGGAGUACUAAUGCCUACCACGCUAUGUGGAGUGCCAAGCGUGCUGUGGUCAAUGCACACGUUGCCAUCUCAAAAGAUGAAUACCUCGAGAGUGUUCCUGCUGCUAUGGUGGCUGCUAUGGGCGGUGACGAACGAUUCUAUGAGCGUCAAAUCGAGGAGCUUCACUGGAUGAUGGGCAACGAUGUUGAAGAGCUCUACAAGGCCCUUGGUGGCUAA